AUGAUCGGACGGGACUCUCUACCGUCGAACGACUCCGUUGCCAGCACGCCCGGAACAGCCAAUGCCCAGCUCCCACCAACAUCCGCCAGUAGCAGCAAUGUGCAGCAGAAGCGGGCCUACCGCCAGAGGAGAAAAGACCCUAGCUGUGACGCCUGCCGAGAACGCAAGGUCAAGUGCGACGCGACAGAGACGACCAGCUGUUCCGAAUGCUCUAGCCGGAAUGUCAAGUGUCAAUUCACCAAGGAGACGAACCGCCGCAUGUCGUCCAUCAAGCAAGUACAGGACCUCGAGAAGCAGAUCGAACGUGUCCGCAGGGAGAACAACAGUCUCCGACGCAUGAUCUCUGAAAAGGAUGGACAGCUUGACGUGGACGCCGAGGGCAUCGAGCAGCUACCCCUUCAGCUUCCCAGCAUUGGAGCGGAACCGAAGAGGAGGAAGCGUCCGGCGCCCAUGCACGAUCUCUCCAGGGCGCGAUCGAAUUUGUUGAGUUUCUCGAAAGGUGUCUGGAAACCGCCAGCACAAUACCGUCACUCUCUAACCCCCACUCUGUUCGACACCCAGAGGCCCGAGUUGCCACCAAUACAGGCGACGAAGCAGCUCCUUGACAGCUACUUUACCUCUACGCACAGCAUGUUUCCAAUACUCCACUGGCGGACUUUCGAGCAGGGCAUUGAGGAUAUGUACAGGGCGCCAAACUUACAAAGUGUUCCUCUGUCGUUCAUGUCUGUGUUCUUCGCCGUUCUGGCAGUGGGCAGUCUGUUCACACCCGAUGCGCCAGGCGAGCGGUCAUACCGCGGUGCCGAGCUCCUCGAAAUGUCACGGAAGCUGAUCGAUCCGUGGAACAACAAUUUCGUGCUGGAUGAUGCGCGGACGCUAACUCUACAAUCGAUCUUCCUCAGCGAGAUGAACCUCAAGUCCGCGGCCUGGAACUGUCUAGGGAAUGCCGUCCGAGUUGCGCAAGACAUAGGGCUAUACUCCGAAUCAGGGCCGUGGCCGGUAAUCGAAGGAGAAAUGCGUCGGAGAGCUUGGUGGACGAUCUACAUUCUCGACCGCAGCCUUUCCGUGGAGCUGGGCAGGCCACUUCUGAUCGAAGACUCUGACUGCGACGUGUCUCUUCCCGCAGGCGUUGACGACGCUUACAUCCACGACGGCGGGAUGACUGUCCCUGCAGGAGCCGAGCCCCUGACGAACUCCCUUCUCGCCCUCAUUAACGUGGUGCGAUCAUACGGCGCCCUUCACAAGGCUCUUGCCUCGCCAGUGGUUGCACCAACCCGCCUCGCAACUUUCGACUCGCACUUCGCAUCAUGCCUGCGCACCUUCCCGCCAGCGUGCGAUCCUUCGUCACAGGUGCCGUUGAGCCCACACCUGCUCAACCCCUUGAUCUAUCUACUCCACGCGCGUCUCCUCCUCCACAGGCACAACCUCACGCCCAGCUGCCCAUCCGACGUCCGAAUUUCCGCGAUCGAGCAGUGCACCCACACGGCACUGGAAACCGCGUCUCUCGUCACCCGAACGACACCUCAGCUCCCCGACGGGGCCACUUCUCUGCUCACUAUGCACCUCUUUCGCUGCACACUGUUCCUCCUGCUUGCGGGAUACCUGGAUGCAGCCACCGCCUGUAUCCGCGCACUGGCCGCCAUCGGUGGUCGACGAGAUGUCACGACGCCGUGUGGUCGUUUCCUGGCGUUUUUCGCGGCAGUACUGGCGGGCAAGAAGACCGAGUAUGCGGCCUACAUAGCCAGAAGCAGCCCACAGACUCUCGCACAGCCGCCUCCCGCCGCUGGGAGGCCACAGCACAGUCCGCUGCAGGACGCGCUUCUCAGGGAUGAGGAGCUGCUUGUGUAUGUCAGUGCGGAUCUUCAGGCUGGCCCGGAGACUGGAUGGGUCUGGGCAGGCGGUGAAAGGGAUGCGCAGGCUCAGCAAUCUCCCAGCCCUGGGCUGGUACGGAGCGGUGCUUCUGGAAGCGGAAAGGGAGCCCUGUUCAGCUCGGAAGCCCGGACCGGGCUCAGCGAGGAAGAGAGUCGAGACUGGGGCGGAUGGGAGAGGGUUGAGGGCCUGAUCCGCGGUCUGUCAUCUGGGUCGACUACGCCUACUGCACCGGCAAGCGGCGGGCCCUGGGCCCAUGCGCGUCCUGCAACCCUGCCACCGCCACCGGGGCCGCCAUUGCAGGUCAAGAUGGAACCAGGAAUGGGCCAGUUGCCCCCAGCGGCGGGGCCAAGCGGCGGAGGAGGAAGCAACGGCAAUAGUCCCACGACAGGCAAGACGAAAAGUCAGGACCGGAUCAGCAUCGCGAACAUCAUCUGA